AUGGGCGUGUUGAACGACAACUUGAAACAAUGCGCGUCCACCACAGAUACCUCAACAGUGAGAGCAGAUGGCUGUGGGUCAUGUCUGGAGCGGCGCUCGUCAAUUCGUCCAAAAUCCAAUCCGGACUUGCGGAAUACGUCCAUGACAUCGAGCGGGCUGAGUUCAAGGCCUCGAAAGACGUGUCUGAAACAAAAGACGAAGAGCGCGAACGCAACGCCUCCACUUGGCACAUCAGAGUCGAGUGAGAAGUUGCUCGAAGACCUGACGCUUCGGCGCAGGAAAACUGUGGAUUUUGCAGAGGUAUCCUUGGAGCUCUCGAACGGCGACCAGGACGAACGGAAGAAGGAUCCAAUACAGCACCCGAGGCAGAUAUCCUCGUGUCCUGGCACGGCCAUGUUGACCAGGUGCUCACUCGCGUCGCCAGCCAUGACUCGGACAGAUGUUCACGUCAUCGCAGUGCCCCCUUCAUCAUCAAAGCCUGGAGGCGUGAGUCGGACACAACCUGGAGAACUGGAGAAAAGCGAUCCUGCGACACCAACGAUACAGAUCGUGGAAUCGAAGAAUGGCAGCUACGAGGUCGUUUGGGACGAUGUACCACCGGAGCACAACGUGGACACACAGAAGCGACGCUCCUCCGCCGGCGAGGCACUUGAAGCCCUUUCGACAGGCCCGAAAGGCCUUGAGCGUGUCAAUACAAAGCUUACGGAGUGGUCUGGUACCUGGAACACUCCUUCUGACUGUUUCAAGCCAACGAUCGUUGUCUUUCCUGAUGACGAUGGCUGUAGGCCUCAUUUCGAAUGCACUAUCGUGGAUGAUGAAGACAUUGACAUUUUUGCGCCUCCGAACAGCGCAAGAAUGAGCGCUGUCCCUUCGCGCCAUGUCUCUCGUCCAGCUAGCGCUCACGCAUCACCUAAACCAUCACAAGACGAAUCCAGCGUUGCCUAUUUCACGCAAGAGAUCCCGCUCGGAGAUCCGUCUCCUCAUGUUGUAAUGAAUCAAGAAAUAUGGCCGGACCAUCUUAUGACAGCCCGUCGAACGCUGGGUGUGCCGUGCCCGGAGCGGAAGCUGUCAGACAGUGAAGAAGCGGACGUAAAGUUUCGGAACCAUCGCGACUCUGUGACUCUAGCUCACUCGCGACUCAUACACUCCGGCGGGGUGCGACCAGAGCUGUUCGCGCAUAGAGAUUCGGUGACGAUUGCAAAGAAGCGGAUGCACGCCAAAAACCGUGCUGCCUCAGCAUCACGAUUGCGCCGUCAAGAAACGAAGUCGGAGCCAGGCCUUCUCUACGAUGGUGAUGUUGCGGUGGUGCCUCUGCUACCAGUCGUGAAAGCCCACGCAAUUGAUGCGCUGAAGAAUAGCACGCCGACUUCCAUACUGCGUCGGCCGGACCUUGCUAGACACCCGCACAUCCGGAUUGGAGAUUGA